CAUUCCAAGAUGAUUUCGGCCUCUGCUGAAACUCAACCCUUGUGCGAUACUAAUCCGCGGGGAACGUGCCAGCAAAGGCGGCGUGCUUCCCUGGUCGACAAUGAGCUUAGCGAUGACGAGAUGACAUUUGGGCAAAUGCUUUCGGUAAACGAUGGAACGGGGGGUGUGGCGUUUGGUCGCAUUGGCUGACGACAUAUGUGGAAGUCGAGACCUCAAGCUGAAUAGGCGGUCCUCCGACCCCUCUGCAUCCUUCAAAAAGGGUCUCCCUCGAACAACAGCCUCUCAGCUGAAACAUUGGAUUCGACUGUCGCCAUCAUGAAGCUCGUCCUUUCAGUGAUUCUAUUUUCCUUCCUGUGGGGAGCUCAUCACUGCUCGCCGAGACGAAUAUUCAUGUUGAGCUUCCCGAGGACAGGCGUUCGGAGCCAUCUAGCCCACUUAACGAUGCCGGACCGCAACGCCGAAAAGGAACGUCCUAGCGCUGCGACGAAGCGCAACAUCGCUGCCAUGGCGCGUGACAACCAAAUUCCAGUCACGAAACGUUUUGAGGAAGACGUCAUUUUCGAGGACGACGGGGAAUUCUUCCUGCAAAAACGCGACUAUGGAGAGGAACUCGGCACCGAUGCUGCCUACGACGAUCCUCGAGACAAGAACGAUCGUAAAAUUUAUAAACGCGACGAGGAAGCCAUGAGCCGAAACUACGAUCGGAGCCACGAUAUGGUUCCGAUCCUCAAGUCCAUCAAGUAUGGGCAGGGUUGACCUCAAGAAUAAGCGGAACCUGCAUCGAGGAGAGGAACAAUCUCUGAAAAUUCAUUCAAGCUUACACGCAGGCGGUGAGACGGAAUGCGGCCUCAUUAUUAUCUUGAGUAGGCUAGGAGCACUUUCCGAAUCCCCUCCCACACCUCGCGGCGCCUUCGCGCGAACCACACUCAGCCUCACCGAGAAUCAAUCGCUGCACAUUCUGUUAUGUCACAUUAGUGGAGCCUGAUCGCCAGACUGGUUAUCAUCAAUGGAAAUGGAGAAAACAAUAAAGGAAAAAAUA